AUGUCGCUUGCGGAAGAACUUAUGGCAGACUUCGAGGAGGACGAUGCGGAUGAAUUGGAACAAGCCAUGGAAACAAUGAAAAACGAAGAUGACAUAGAAGAAGCAACUGAAGUUGUACCUGGAAAAAGCGACUAUAACUCGGUUUACGAUGUAGCUAAAAUGACUUUGACGGAUGAAUAUAAGGACUUGAUAGCGACUUUAAAUGCCGAACUCGAACGAACUGACGAAGUUCACGUUACCGCCCCACUCGAAGCAGAUCCUCAGUAUAUUUUGAUUGUAAAGCUUUCCCAUCUUGCUGCUGAUAUUGAUGGGGAGAUCAGUGUUAUUCAUAAAUUUGUGCGUGACAAAUACGAGAAACGAUUUCCGGAAUUGGAGACGCUGGUACCAAAUCCGCUGGAAUAUUUAGCUGCUGUGAAACUUCUUGGAAAUGAAAUCAAUACGAAAGGACAGAAUAAGGAAUUGUUGGGGCAGAUCCUUGCUCCUGCUACGUGUAUUGUUGUAUCGGUAACGGCAUCUACAACACAAGGUAAAUCGCUAGAACCGGACGAGCUGAAUGCUGUGCGAGAAGCGUGUGAUCUCGCCGAAAAGCUACAUACGGACAGAAUUUCUAUGCAUCGUCUAGUUGAACUCCGAAUGUCGCUAAUUGCACCGAAUCUUGUACAUUUGUUAGGAGCAGCGACUACUGCACUCUUGGUUUCACAAGCCGGUGGUUUGGCACCUUUGUCAAGAAUGCCUGCGUGCAACAUCCAAGUUCUUGGCCGUCAAAAAAGAUCUCUGGCAGGAUUCUCCUCUACUUCAGCCCUUCCUCAUGCUGGAUUUGUUUAUUUUCAUCCAAUUGUGCAAUCUAUGCCGCCUGAUCUCAAAUCGAAAGCGGCCAAAGUUCUUGCAGCUAAAUGCACUCUGGCUGCUCGGGUAGACUCCCUACAUGAAUCCCCAAAUGGCGCUAUAGGAGUACACUUGCUUGAACAGGUUCGAAAUAAAAUGGAGAAACUUCUGGAACCUCCACCUGUAAAAGCUAGCAAAGCUUUACCAAAACCGCUGGACAAGGCCAGCAAGAAACGUGGAGGGCGUCGUGUCCGUAAAAUGAAGGAGAGAAUGGGUAUGACUGACCUACGAAAGAGUGCCAAUCGUAUGAAUUUUGGAGAGCUGGCAGAGGAUGUGUUGCAAGACCAUAUAGGUUUUGAUUUGGGUCAGAUUAAAACUGGAAAUAUCGCUGGUGGACGAAUUAGAGCUGGAGUUGUGGACAAUAAGACACGUGUAAAGAUGUCGCAGAAAGUGCAACGGCAAAUGGAGAGACAGCGUGCUCAGGGUGGAGUUACAAGUAUCCGUAGCAAGACUGCUGGUACUGCUUCAUCGGUGACAUUUACUCCUGUUCAAGGACUUGAGAUUAUCAAUCCAACUGCUCUUGAAAAAACUGCCACUUCUUCGUCAACAUAUUUCUCUUCUUCUGCAUCUUUUGUGAAAGAGUGGGCAGAUUCAAACCUCCGAUCGAUCGUGCAGUUAGCGGAACCUCUAAUCGCUACACGCCCCUACGGAGUCUUACUCAUCCUAUUUCGUUCAUUUCAUGUUGUACCAGCUGGACAAUACCCUUUGAGAGAAAGCGGAAGUGCGGUAAGAAACGCGUUCGAUAACAACCAAGUAUCGGCAAGUUUUGAAGUCAUGGAGCUGAGUCCUGUGCUGUCAAAGUUGUUUCCAACACCGCCUGGUUCUCAAACCCCACCUCAGAUACCACGUGCACAGUACGGCUACCCUGUUCCACCUGCACUUCGACCUCACGCUGGCCCUCCCUCUGGAAUAACGUUUCCUAACGCGUUGUCGAUGCUUAUGCUUCGUUCAAAUCAUGCUGCACAUGUGAAUGGUAGCUUACAGAAUCAGGGUAAGACCUCAAGCAACUUCGAAAUCCACCCAUUACAUCCAGAAAUACGCCACGUAGUACCGCAUUCUGACCCGGCAAAGUCUCCAACUGAGGAUACGAAGAAAAAGAAGCGAAAUCAGCACAAUAAAUCACGUGGUUUACCGCGCCACGUGAACUCCAGCUCAACGUCACUUCCAGAAAGCGUUUCGAUCACUCCCAGUCAAGUGGUGGUCUCCUCCACGAAUGCCCCUGGAGGUGGCACAAUCGUCUCGUCACGUGAUGAGAAAGGCCAGAUCCAUGUGAGAGUAGAGUACGACCGUAGCCAGAUCCUUCGCUCUGCUCACUCGCCAUACUCACUUUUGCCACCGGCAUGUCUGAAAAAUAUCGUUUUGAACACAUCAGAGAUUCUCAGUCGAUUUCCACAGAGGCACGGCGUUAAUCUCAGCUCUUCGUGUGAAGUGGCUACGUGA